AUGAGACGACCGAAUGAAGUUGAGUUUAGCAAAACAGCAUUAAUGGCUAAUUGGUACGAAGAUAGAUUGGCUCCUUAAUAAUUGUAGAGAGAUCCAAAUGCAUAGAAAUCAUUAAGAACUGUGGAAGAGGGAAUAUCCAUACCAGGAGACAAUGGAUGUUUACUUCCAUUACCUAGAGUGAAUCGCAAUCCUCCUUACAUUACAAAAGAAAUAAUAGUCCCAGAUGAUGGAUAUAGAGAAUUCAGGACAGAAUUCUAGACAAAAUUUGAUGCAAAGAAUAUUUAGAAUAUGCAAUUAGGUGAUUGUAGAGCACUUGUAAAAACAAAUGGAGAGAAAGUUAAUUUUCCUGAAUGCAAUCCAACAGUUGCAUAAACUGCUGGAGCAAGAUCAAUAAAACAAUUAGAUUAAACAAAUAUGCAAUAAAUUCUGGUUGACAGAGCAGUUCAUUAGGGUUACACAGACUUUGGAUCCACAUUCAGAAAUCAUCCAGAGUAGCAUAAUAAAUUUUAUUCAAUUACUACUUACUAAUAAUCAUUUCAGCCUCCUGAAAACAAUGUCAAAGAAAUCCUCACUGAUAAGAAGGUUAAACCUGUAGCAGCUGGAUGCAGAGAAAGAGAUCCCUUUGAUUAGGGAUUGAAAAUGACUUCGGUGAUCACAGGUGAAAAAUAUAGAGAUUCUGUUGAUCCAAAAGAGAACACUGAAGUAUAAAGACAAUGGGUUCAUUGUGGGGAUUCUGGAUUGAAGACUGCUUAGAAUAAUUUGAGAUCUAGUAGUAUUUAGAAUUAUAAGAAAACAGCCUAUCAGGUUCAUCCCUAUGAUAUUGCUACCAGUUUGCCUUUGGGAGAUGGUGUUUACACUCUGCAUUCUAAAUAUACAGAUCCUGGCCAAUUCAGACACAUAAGAAGCGACGUCACUAGAAUUAUGAACAAACCCAUCACAAGAAAAUGAUAUUCUAUUAAGGAAUUAUCCAUUCAUUUAAACAUUGCGAGACUUCUUUAAUAGGAGUCAUUCUUUCAA